AUGACUACGAAUCCUGGUCUUCAGUCGAUAUCUGAUCUGACAGCUUCGACUCGUCUGACAACAGGUGACAUACCACCUCCGCUUGUAGGUUCAUCAACGGUUGUAAUUGGUACUCAUCUCUAUCUGUUCGCUGGACGUCUUGUGUCCUCACGGCGCAUGACCAAUGAGUUAUAUAUGUUAGAUUUGGAAACUUUUGUAUGGACAAAAAUUCAAGAUAAUAAUCAACAAGCGCCCAAAGCAAGAUAUUUUCAUUCAUCCAAUCAGUACAAGAAUUCUAUCAUCGUCUUUGGUGGGAUGGGAUACUCAAAAUCAAGUGAUAGUCUAUGUGUUUUAGAUGAUAUCUGCAUUUUCGAUCUGGAAACGUCAUCUUGGAGAUACCCUGAAAUCGUACAAUCAGAUUUUUCUCCUCGUCCACGAUAUGCACAUUUGGCUUCUGUAACUGCAAAUAAGUUAGUGGUUAUAGGCGGUCAAGACAUGACAAACUAUUAUAUUGAAGAAAUAAACGUGUUUGAUUUGAAUGAAAUGAAAUGGACUUUAUCACGAUCGUUUGAAAAACAUUGCGGAGCAUAUCGGUCGGUUGCUGUCAGUAGUAUUAACCACACAAAUCUGCCACUUUUUGGUAAUAGUAUGAAUGACACUGUCUCGCUCACAUCCUUUGAGGAUUCUGAAACAAGUCCGGCGCAAAUUCGAAAAACAACUUCAUCGCAAUCUUUAUCUUCAACACCCAGUGCCACAAAUGUUAUACGCAAGCCUCCUUCAGUUGGUGCAUUUGGUCGUCCAGUAUCUAUAAGAAGAACGCCUUCAGGUCAAACCCUUAUUCGAUCACAGUCGAUAAAACGAAUGCAGUCGUCCGGGAAUUCAUUUUAUCGUCUUUCUUAUACAACUAAU